CCAAAAUGCACUUUGCCUUCAACUACAACUCUGGGCAAUAAAAUAGAGUCAUUACCUAAUUAUACUUUGCUCGAGUACAUUUAACAUUUUCCCAACAUCACAAAACGUGUUGGUGUUUUGUUGAUAAGUUUUAAACAUUGACAAUAAAAAAUUAAACACAAGUAAAAAAGUGGUGGCUGAAAAUGACUGAAACCAAUGAUGGAAAUGAUGUUGAUGAUAAAGCUAAAAAAUCCAAAAAAAAGAAUAUGGAUGAUCUCAAAAAAGAGCUUGAAAUGGAUGAACAUAAAAUUGACAUAAAGGAUUUGCUAAUAAGGCUGGAAACAAGUGUAGAGAAAGGGCUGAGUUCAAGUGUUGCUGCUAGAAAUUUAGAUCGUGAUGGCUUAAAUACUCUUCAAGGUAUUAAAGGCACACCUGAGUGGAUCAAAUUUGGAAGGCAAAUGAUAAGUGGUUUUGCAUUGCUUUUGUGGGCUGGUGCUUUACUAUGUUAUAUUGUCACCAUUAUUCGAUUUACAACUGAACCAAAUCCAGUAUAUGACGAAGUUUACUUGGGCACUGUUUUGGUAGUUGUUGUUGUUUUAACUGGCAUUUUUUCUUAUUAUCAGGAAGCAAAAAGUUCAGCUAUAAUGGAUAGUUUUCAAAAACUUAUUCCACAAGAAGCAAUUGUGAUGCGAGAUGGUUCAAAAAUGACAAUAAGUCCGAGUCAUUGUGUCAUAGGUGAUGUUGUAUAUUUAAAAAGUGGUGACAGAAUUCCUGCAGAUGUUCGUAUUAUUGAAUCUAGAGGGAUGAAGGUUGACAACUCUUCAUUAACUGGGGAAUCAGAGCCUCAAUCAAGAAAUAUUGAAUGUACUUCUGACAAUCCGAUUGAGACAAAAAAUCUUGGUUUUUUUUCUACUAAUGUGGUUGAAGGUGAUGGAGUUGGGAUUGUUGUUAAAAUUGGCAUGAAAACAGUUAUGGGUCGCAUAGCAAAUCUUGCAUCAGGAUUAGAAGCUGGAAAAACACCUAUUGCUGCUGAGAUUGAACAUUUUGUUCAUAUUAUUGCAUUUGUCCCGACAACUGUUGGAUUAAUUUUUUUUAUUGUUUGUAUGAGUCUUGGUUAUAAUUGGUUACAGUCUGUUAUCUACGUUGUUGGGAUAAUUGUAUCAAAUGUGCCAGAGGGUCUACUUCCUACUGUUACUGUUUGCCUAACCUUAACAGCAAAAAAAAUGGCUAAAAAAAAUUGUUUAGUUAAAAACUUACAAGCUGUUGAAACACUUGGAAGUACUUCAGUUAUUUGUUCAGAUAAAACUGGGACAUUAACACAAAACCGAAUGACAGUGGCGCAUAUCUGGUUUGAUUUGCAUGCUGUUGAAAUAAAUACAACAGAAAAUCAAUCUCCUUUUAAUGAACAACAAAACUCACCAACAUGGGAAGCACUUGCAAGAAUUGGUGCAUUAUGUAGUAGAGCUGAUUUUAAAAGUGGUCAAGAAAAUGUUCCAAUAAUGAGAAAAGAUUGUACAGGUGAUGCAUCAGAGGUAGCCAUUUUAAAGUUUAUUGAAAAUACUGUUGGAGAUGUUAUGAGCAUACGCUCAAAAAAUAAAAAACUUGCAGAGGUUCCUUUUAACUCAGCUACUAAGUUUCAGGUGUCUGUUCAUAAGUUAGAAAAUGCAAAUUCUUCUCCUGAUGCAUCAAUAUAUAUUGCUGUUAUGAAAGGUGCACCUGAAAGAAUCUUGGAAAGAUGCGCGUAUGCUUUAAUUGAUGGAAAAGUACAACCAAUCAAUGAAGAAUUUAUUGAAACAUUUAACAAAGCUUAUGCCACUCUUGGUGGUUUUGGUGAGCGCGUAUUAGGUUUUUGUCAUUGCUAUCUUCCUCAAGAUCAAUAUCCUGAUGGUUUUGCAUUUGAUUCUGAGGAAACUAACUUUCAACUUGAUAAAUAUUGUUUUGUGGGAUUGAUGAGUAUGUUAGAUCCCCCCAGACCUUCUGUGCCAGAUGCUGUUAGUAGAUGUAGAAGUGCUGGUAUCAAAGUCAUCAUGGUAACCGGUGACCAUCCUAUUACAGCAAAAGCUAUAGCUAGAAGUGUUGGAAUUAUAUCUGAAGGAACUGAGACUAUUGAAGACAUAGCACAAAGGUUAAAUAUACCAAUUGAACAAGUCCAAAAAAAUCAUGCAAAAGCAUGUGUAGUAAGUGGAAGUCAGUUAAAAGACAUGAGUCAAAAAGAUCUUGAUGAUGUUUUGAAAAAUCAUACUGAGAUUGUUUUUGCUCGCACAUCACCUCAGCAAAAACUGAUCAUUGUAGAAGGUUGUCAACGUCAAGGUGCAAUUGUAGCUGUUACUGGUGAUGGUGUAAAUGAUUCACCGGCCUUAAAGAAGGCUGACAUUGGUAUUGCAAUGGGUAUAGCAGGAUCCGAUGUAUCUAAGCAAGCUGCUGAUAUGAUUCUGCUAGAUGAUAAUUUUUCUUCCAUUGUAACUGGUGUUGAAGAAGGACGUUUGAUAUUUGAUAAUUUAAAGAAGACAAUUGUGUACAUGCUAACCUGUAACAUAGCUGAAUUAACACCCUUUGUUUUUUUUAUUAUAUUAAAUAUUCCACUGCCUCUCGGAAAUAUUCCAAUGUUAUUAAUCUCUAUUGGUACUGACAUUGCACCAGCCAUUGCAUUAGCUUAUGAACCAUCAGAAAAUGAUAUCAUGGAAAGAAAACCUCGAGAUCCUAAGCGUGAUAACCUUGUCAAUGCUCGUCUUAUAUGUCAAUCUUACGCUGUCAGAGGUGUAAUUGAGUCUGUUGGCGCUUUUUUGUGUUACUUUAUUGUUCUGGGUCAAAAUGGAUUUUGGCCUUUAGAUUUAAUAGGAAUUAGAAAAUCAUGGGAUGAUAAUACUAAUAAUAAUCUUCCAGAUUCUUAUGGGAGUGAAUGGACUUAUUACCAAAGGAAAGAGUUAGAAUUAACAGUCCAUACAGCUUUUUUCACUACUAUUGUUGUUUGUCAAUGGGGUGAUCUUAUUGCCAGUAAAACUCGUCGGUUGUCUCUAUUUCAGCAUGGAAUGAAAAACUGGGUUAUAUUCUUUGCAAUAUUUUUUGAGACAACUUUAACUUGUUUUGCUCAGUAUACACCUGGGUUAAAUACUGCUUUGACCUUGCGUCCAAUUAGAUUUGUUUAUUGGCUGCCUGGUCUACCGUAUGCUUUAUUCUUAUUUGUUUUUGACGAGAUACGGAAAUAUUUUAUUUCCCACUAUCCAGGAGGUUUUUUUGAAAGGGAAACGGCUUAUUAGGUAUCAAAACAUAUGGAAUUUUUAGCUUGUUCGAGAUAGUGAACCACAAUUCUACAUAGUGGUGAAUCAUAUUCCUUCAUAGGAUUGAAGCAUCAUAUUUAUGCUAACAUAAAGCGUCGUUAUUAUUAUAUUAACUUGAAGAUUAAUGUAUUUAUGUAAGUUCUAAACGCCAUUAAUUUUAUGUUAACUGUUGUAUUCAACCAUAAAGUCGAAAACGUUGUAAAUUUAGCGAUAAAUUAUUAUUUUUAAUAUUAACUUUUUGAUAAGGUUUUGAUAAGUCACAUUUAGAUAAGUUAUU